GGGCGGAGUCAGGAGCGUUCAAAACACAGCUUGCCCUCAAUCCUCCUUGAUUUUUUUGCUUCCUGCCUCUUUUAUUUUUUCGCUUAUUUUCGCCACUGCCCCAGUUAUUUGAAGUACUUCGCGCUUCAUCGCCUUCUGUUUUAUUUGUCCUUUUAUUAUAAUGCGGCUGCUUUCCGUAUAUUCACCCCAAAAUACGUUUUUUUCCCCGGGAUUGUAUUCUCUAACAGCACCCUACUGUUGUUUGCGUGUUUGUUGCUUUCGGUGAAUAUGGACUAAUUGAAAAACUGUAUAAAUGCACCUGCCGUCCAAAGGAUACCCUGCUUUUGAAAACGAAGAGGAGUGUGUGCCCUGGGUGCAGCCUGUCCCGAGCUGUAGCGGCGAUGAAGAACCCAGGAGCCGUGGAGAGCCGCCGGCUGGUCGGCCUGCUGGAGGCCGCUCUGCUCCGGGAGGCUCGCCUCUGGAAGGCGCCUGUCUUCAAGAAUGGAUGCAUCCAGGGCACGGACAUCUCUUCAUCCCAACACCAAGAGGUUAUCCUUUGGCUCGGAGAGAUGAAUAGGCUUUUCCAGUUCUGUCCAGAGACCUUUGCACUGGGAGUCUGUGUCCUCAACCGACUGCUGUCUACUGUCAAGGCCCAACCAAAAUACCUGAAAUGCAUUGCUUUUACCUCAUUGGUCUUGGCUGCCAAAAUCAACGAGGAAGAUGAGGUAAUAGGUUCUGUUCAAGAUCUGGUUGUGCAGAGCGGAUGCAACUUUUCAACAGCUGAGAUUCUUCGCAUGGAGAGGAUCAUUCUAGACAAGUUGCACUGGGACUUGUACACGGCGUCGCCAGUCGACUUCAUUCACAUAUUCCACGCCCUGCUCGUUUCCGGCCACCCUCACCUCAUUCCGUCCAUCGGGCUCGGCUCCGGCGUCAGCUGGGACUCUGCAACGGACCCCGGUUUGCUUCCAGCCGGGCCGGAGCAUCAGAAGAGGCCUGCGGGCUUCCAGGCGGCGUUGUGGACCAGACAGGUGCAGCACUGUAUGGCCUGCCACCAGCUUUGGCAGUUCAAGGGCUCCACGUUGGCCUUGGCCAUCAUCACUUUGGAGCUGGAGGCGGUCACGCCCGACUGGUUCUCCAUCUUCACUGAUCUGCUGAAGAAGGCACAGGUUGAUAGUGGCGAGUUCAUCCACUGCAAGGAGAUGGUGGACGAGUACCUACACAGCCUGGAGUUUUCCCUGCCGGCAAACGCCGUCUACAUCUUUGACAGCGCCCAGAUCCCGGACGAGGAGCGAGCCUGGAGCCCCACGCAGCGCCUCAGGAGGGGGCCGGCCGUUGGAGAGCAGGGCGACUCUGACGAGUACUACGACGGUUUCCGCUGUUUGUACGACGAGGAGACGACUCCAGGGGUGCAGGCAAACAAAGUUGAGGGUUUGUUUGAUUCCCAGCAGGGAAGCGUCUGGCCCUGCCCGCCACUGCACCCCGCCGUCAACUAGUCGGCCAUUUAUGCACACCGCCCACCUCUUACUAGUGCACAGACAGUCCUCCCAUUUCACAGUGAGAACAUUACGAAGUUUAAUAUACUGUAGUUCAGCACAUUUAAGGACCUCAAUUGUUAGUUUUGUGGGGCUCUGAAGUAACUCCAGAUGUUACUCUGCUGCCACAACAUUUAAAGAAAUGAUUUAAAAGAUAUUGUUUUAGUGUUUUUCAUGUACUUGUCCACACCCAAAUGUGAAUCUUUAGGUGUGUAUGAUUAUUAUUAAUGCCUUUUUUUUUUUUUUAUAUACUUUUUAACCUACAUGUCCUUUUUAAUAUCCACCACAAAUGGUUGGAAGUUAAAGGAUAAGAAUAGGCAGUUGCGUGUGUGUUUUUCUUUGUGUGGUUGAAGCCAAGAAUGGCUUUUUUUUUUUUUUUUUUUCUUAAGUUUGAGAGUUGAUCCUGAUUUUGUUAGUUGUGAGUUAUCUUGGUGCUCAGGUUCCCCCAGAGCCACAAUCGCACUUUGAGAUAAAGAAAAGCUUCUUUUUUUUUAAUGCAAAUUAUAUUUUUUCACAACCCUUUUUUAUUAUUUUAAUCUUACUUGUACUAAUUUCUGUGCUGUUUUAUUUAGCAGUUAUUUACAAAAGUGACAUUUUUACAAAAAAAGCUUUAAUUUCCUGACUAAAUGCUGCAAAUGCUUUUAUUUCAUUAAUGCUUCAGUCUGUGUUGAUUUUGUUUAUGCAACUAUUGUUACAUAUCAGACAAAACAAGAGCACCUUUGGGAGAUUAGUUCAACACUAGAGCAGAAUGGCCAAUAAUGGUUGUUUUGACAUGAGAUUACCUGAUUAAUGACCCAGCAUUAAUGUUCUCAUUUAAAAAUUGUUUGAUUACAUAUUGUUCUGUAUGGGAGCACCAAUAAUCAUAUACCCAAAUAAUGUCACAUUGUGAAGUAUUGGGAUAACUGUAUCCUGUUUUUUUAUUUUGUAAAUACCACCUAGUUCUGUUCCAUCCUGAUACCGAUAUGGUGACAAUAUUAUGUUUUCAAUUUAAACUGUAUUUAAUGUUGGCAGAUACAGAACGUGCAGUGUGUCCGGAGGGACUUUACCUCCACUGCCAAGCUUUCGAAGCCUUUAGACACUGAACGGACUCUAGGCUGCUGAAAAUGCUUACUGUGUUCAGAACGUGAUCUUUAAUGUGAACCGGUCACUGUCUUUCUCAACUGUAAAGUCUGCUCUGAUUGAUCUAGUCAAGCUGGACUCGACACCAGCAGUGACCAAUGUAAAGGUGUUUUUUCUUUUUUUUUCCAUAUUCGUUCCAUUUACUGAGGCAGCUAUAUCUUAUUAUCUGGUCAACCACAGAAAUAAAGCUAUGACUUCAAAAGUCUUAA